ACGACCAUUUGCAGCCGGCAUGCAGUCCAAAUGAAAACUCUCGCUGCUCUCCCCAAACAAACAUCCGCUCCCGCCAAACUGAUCUCUCCCUCCACCGCCGCGAGAACCCCAACUCGUAUAGCUCCUGCGGUUUCGACCGAAUCCCAGUUCGUCCCUCUCAUUCAUGCGUCCAAAGUCGUCCUCCAUCUCCGUCAAAUCCAUGCGCAGAUCCUCCUCCAGGGCUUCUCUUGGAGCAGCCUCCUCGCCACCCAGUUGGUGUCUGCCUCAUCUCUCCGGAACGCCAUUGACUAUUCCAUCUCCGUAUUCAGCCAAUACCAUCCCAAGAACGUGUUUUUGUUCAAUGCCCUGAUUCGUGGGCUCGUGAAGAAUGCCCGUUUCGAGGUUGCACUGUCCCAUUUUGUUCUCAUGUUGAGGUCGGAUGCUAGGCCUGACAGGAUGACUUACCCGUUUGUUCUCAAAUCAACGGCGCAGCUGUUCUUGAGAAGGCUUGCUGGGGAACUUCAUUGCAUGAUUUUCAAGACUGGGGUUGAGUUGGAUUCCUUUGUUGAGGUGUCUCUGGCUGAUAUGUAUGUGAAAAUUGAAGAACUGGGGUAUGCCCUGAAGGUGUUCGAUGAAAGUCCCCACAGACUGGAUAGUCGGAGCACGCUGUUGUGGAAUGUGUUGAUAAAUGGGUGCUGUAAGAAGGGUGAUAUAGUUAAGGCUAUGGAGCUCUUCCAUACGAUGCCCGGGAGGGAUGUUGCGUCAUGGAAUAGUUUGAUUAAUGGGUUCUUGGCAGCUGGACUAUUGGAUAAAGCCAAGGCAGCUUUCGACCAGAUGCCAGAAAAGAAUGUGGUAACUUGGACCACAAUGGUUAACGGGUUUUCUCAGAAUGGUGACAAUGAGAAGGCGCUCUCAGUUUUCUCUAGGAUGUUGGAGGAGAACGUGAGGCCGAAUGAUUUUACUGUUGUUUCUGCUCUUUCUGCUUGUGCAAAGAUUGGUGCAGUUGAAGCUGGAUUGCGGAUACACAAGUAUAUUAAGGACAACAGGUUCAGGUUGAAUGCGGCGAUUGGGACUGCCUUGGUAGACAUGUAUGCGAAAUGUGGGAAUAUAGAGUCUGCAAGUCAGGUGUUCAGUGAGACAAAAGAGAGGGAUAUCCUUACUUGGAGUGUCAUGAUAUGGGGCUGGGCACUCCAUGGCCGUUUCCAGCAAGCUGUUCAAUGCUCCAAGCAGAUGCUGCGUUCAGCAGGCAUAAAACCAGAUGAAGUUGUCUUUCUUGCCCUAUUGACGGCUUGCACACAUGCAGGCCAAGUUGAUCUUGGGCUUAAUAUCUUCGACAGCAUGAGGCUUGACUACCAGAUUGACCCGUCCAUGAAACACUAUUCACUAAUUGUGGAUCUAUUAGGCAGGGCAGGGAGGCUGAAUGAAGCUCUCAAAUUCAUCGAGGAGAUGCCAAUAAAUCCAGACCUUGUGAUCUGGGGAACUUUGUUUUGUGCUUGUAGGGCACACAAGAAUGUUGAAAUAGCAGAAUUUGCAGUGACAAAGCUCCUUGAGCUUGAACCGAAACAUCCUGGCAGUUACGUGUUCUUGUCUAAUGCUUAUGCUGCAGUGGGACGAUGGGAAGAUGCAGAGAGAGUGCGAAGUUCAAUGCAGGACAAAGGUGUUGGAAAAGGUCCCGGGUGGAGUCACGUCGAGGUGGAUGGCCAAGUACAUAGGUUUGUGGCUGGUGACAAUGCUCAUCAUAAGGAUGCAAAUGAGAUCCAUCAGAAACUGGAGGAAAUAAUGUCAGGUGCAAGAAAACAAGGUUACAUGCCUGGAACCGAAUGGGUACUUCAUAACAUUGAAGAAGAAGAAAAGGAAGACGCCCUGGGAAGUCACAGCGAAAAAUUAGCUCUUGCUUUCGCGCUAAUCCAAACUUCUCCAAAGACAGCACCCAUUAGGAUUGUGAAAAAUCUUAGGAUCUGUGGUGACUGCCACUCUUUAAUGAAGUAUGCCAGCAUAAUGAGCCAGAGGGAGAUCAUAGUGAGAGACAUUAAGCGUUUCCAUCAUUUCAAGGAUGGAACUUGUUCGUGCGGAGACUACUGGUAACUCUCUCAGGUGCAGGCUGCUGUCAUCGAGUAGAUAUAAUGCAUUAUUACGGGUCUCUGAGUGUUCCAUGGGGCUCCUAUGCAGCCAGCUCAUUGCAGAUUGUAUUACUACUUGGUUGAUUUACUUCGAUCCAGCGCCAAGUACAUCUUUCUCCUUGAGCUGCACAUGGUAGUUGUUAGAAGUUGAUAGCAACUCCUGAGCCCGGUAAUGACGGUUUUCUUACUUUGAUCUCAACGUUCAAAGAAACGGCUCCCAUUGAUUAUUGCCCGGACUCCAGAUUAGUGAUUUGCCAUUCGCUUAUUAGCGGCAGAACUUGUCAUGCCAUUGACUGAUCAACCUCAAACUGUUGCAAUCACUACUCAUGGUCGACUAUGAGUUGGAAAGAGGAAAGCUUGCUUGGCUGAUGGCUGUGGCAGUUUGGUUUGGAUGGACAUACUAUACAAAGGAACAUUACUAAAGUUGUUCCCACUUGAGCUGUGAAAGAUGCAAUUAUGCCAAAGCAGAGGCACAUGACAUGACUUGGUCCUCACGAACCAAGUUGCCAAAAUCAAAUUGACAACAGUUCCCAAGGACGAUCAUGAUUCAUGAGAGCUUCAACUUUAUGCUUCUAUUUGUUUGGCGUUAUUUUCCUUUUGUAGUAUGGAUCCAUUACGAAUAUUUUUCAGGCUAAAGUUGUUUCAAUCGAAACCUGCCUUCAGUACUCUCAUGGUCCAAACCAAGUGGGGCUUCGAUUCGACCAUGGUCAAAACGAUUUUGGUUCAGUCAUGGUCAAACUGAAAAUUAUCUAAGAUAUGCUAUCCCAUGGUCACUUCUCA